UUCCAAAUAAAAAUAUCAAUCAAUACUGGUGAAACAAAGAUAAAUCUAAGAAUUUUAAAACGUUUUAAGAGAUGUACCAAGUUUGAUACCGAUUUAAAAUGGAAGAGACAUGGGAUGAGGCGUUCUUUUGGAAACAGUUGGAGCUGGAGCACGGCCAAAUAAAUCUCCACAUCAAGAAUAUAUUAAAAGUCCAGAAUUUAUGCCGGCAGUCCCUAACAAACCUAACGAGGGAAUCGAUAGGAAAAAUUGCUGAGGAUAUGCGUCGUAUGGCUGACCACUACAUCGAAGCAGCAGCGGAAGGUGGGGAUCCACUCCUUGAGCUAUAUGGGCCUUUGUAUGCUAAGCAGCCCCAGAAGUUCGAGUUCCUGGAAGGGGAAGUGCUGUGCCUGCUCGAUUUGGCAGCGAUCAUCCGAAGUCGAGGGAUAAAGAGCUUCCUUAAGCCACGCAAGAAACAGACUGGAUCGGCGAAGACUUCCACCAGUGUUCUCGUACGUUCUGUGGAGGUGGAUCCAAGUGGACAUAAACUACUUGAAAAAAUAUUGACGUAUUUUACUUCCAAAAACAUUUCUGGGUCAUUUUAUGACAAUUUCCUUGAACAGCUUCAGGACCUGACAAUUCAGGUGUACGGAAAUGAAGGCGAUAAAUACCGUGCCGAAGUAGUAUGCCCAAUUUGCAGCUCUGAGGGAAAACGGACGAAAAUAUCGUUGGCCAUGGACCGCACUGGCAGUUGGCAUAUAUUUAGUUUCACGCGACACUGCAAUGCUGUCCAUCUUGGAUUGUCUCAAUCUUCCAAGCCAAAAAGGAACAGCAGAUUUGAUGAAAACCAGGUCCAGCCGGCCAAACAAAGGGCUGUUUGUUUGGAGAGUGAAAAACUAGAUGACCGUUCUGAAGCAGAUAAAGAACCAGAGCACAUUGCGGAAGUCCCAAGUGAGCAGCUGAAGGCAAGAAAACGUGUACAAGAAGGCAUUGGGCCCAGUAAGAGAUGCAUUGGCAACAUGGGGCAGCACGUUCCUCUUACGAUAGAUGUUACUCAAGAAGAAGACCUCGAGACCAGCGUGGCGGAAAAGCAAGGCUUUGCAGAACAUACCUCGGAUGAAACUAAGGGAUUAGAGCGAGAAUUAGAGUUAUCUUUGAUGCACAAUCUUGUCCAAGUUAAACGUGAACAUGACUGCGCUGAUUCUGAAGUAACAGUGCCUCUGAUGGUGGUGAUGAAACUAGCACAAGAUGGAGAAGGAAGUGAAUCUGACGAUUCUGAAGACGACGACCCAGUCGUAAAAAAAAACCUCACUCACUUAAUUAAUUUUGAUGAUUAUGAAGACUCAGAGUAACAGAACACAGAACAGAACAUACCGUUUUAAGGUUGUUACAAAUUAAUCUUAAUUUAAAUAUACGUAUUAUUUAACAUUGAUUUUGUACUACAAACAUUAACGCAACGUUUCCGGA